UUGGGUAUUCCAACAGUACGUAUCGUGCCUUUAAGUCUGAAGUAGUUCGUUUUCGCAACGAUUUUCUUCAGCUUAACACCAAGAGUUUAUCAAGACAAAAAAGAAUACAUUUUGAAAAACUAUCAGUUAGAUCUGUGUUUAAGUACUGUUUAGCGAAUAAAGAAAAUGGCAGCCUUCGUGGAACCUCAUUAUGAUGCCUGGCAGUCGGGUGGCAGCAACAUAUCCGUCGUGGACAUGGUCAUGCCGGAUAUGUUGCACAUGGUCCACCCACACUGGACUCAGUUCCCGCCGAUGAAUCCCCUGUGGCACUCGAUCCUCGGGUUUGCCAUCUUCAUGCUGGGACUCAUCUCGAUGAUCGGUAAUGGCUGCGUGAUGUAUAUCUUCACCAACACCCGAAGCCUCCGCACCCCGUCCAACUUGCUAGUGGUCAAUCUAGCCUUCUCGGAUUUCUUUAUGAUGUUUACGAUGGGACCGCCUAUGGUGAUCAACUGCUGGCAUGAGACCUGGGUCUUUGGACCGUUCGCUUGCGAACUUUAUGCCAUGCUUGGAUCACUGUUUGGCUGUGCCUCGAUCUGGACCAUGACUAUGAUUGCGUUUGACCGAUACAACGUCAUCGUGAAGGGUCUGGCUGCCAAGCCACUGACCAACAACAGCGCCCUGCUGCGCAUCAUGCUGACCUGGGCCUUCGCCCUGUUCUGGGUAAUGGCUCCCUUCUUCGGAUGGAACCGAUAUGUGCCAGAGGGUAACAUGACUGCCUGCGGUACUGAUUAUCUGACCACCACCUGGUUGAGCCGCUCGUACAUCAUCAUCUAUGCCAUCUUCGUCUACUGGACUCCGCUGCUGACGAUCAUCUACUCGUACACUUUCAUCCUGAAAGCUGUGUCCGCACACGAGGCUUCGAUGCGUGAGCAAGCGAAGAAGAUGAACGUUGCCUCCCUCCGGUCGUCGGAAGCCAAUCAGACUAGCGCCGAAAUCAAGCUAGCCAAGGUUGCCCUCGUUACCAUCUCGCUCUGGUUCAUGGCCUGGACCCCGUACCUGGUUAUCAACUUCACCGGUAUCUUCAAGGCCGCUCCGAUCAGCCCACUGGCCACCAUCUGGGGAUCGCUGUUUGCCAAGGCCAAUGCCGUCUACAACCCAAUUGUCUACGGUAUCAGCCAUCCGAAGUACCGCGCGGCUCUGUACCAGAGGUUCCCAGCGCUGUCCUGCCAGGAUGCCCCGGCUGACGACAGCCAGUCGGUUGUUUCCGGAGCGACAACCGCCUCCGAGGAAAAGGCUUAAGUACACAAGCGCCACAGAACUUAAGCGGUGAUAUUUCUGGCAAACAACGUUAGACUAUUUAAGGUGUGAAUAUAGCAAGUGGAUUGCGAAUCGAA